ACAAAAUGUCGAUUUCAGAAGAGCAAGUCAAGAAACUGGAGGAAGGAAUAACUAUUUUGAACACCAUCCUUGCUAAUCAAGCUCCUAGCUAACAGAGAGAUGCUCGUAGUCAACAACCUGCAAGACACUCAUCAGGUGUAGGUGUGGGUGUGGGUGAUGUAGGCUCAAGCUCAUCUGCUUGUGGUCGUGCUAUCGAUACGCUGAGAUCUGUGAGACAAAGUUUCAGUAGUGAAGCAAGGCUCGAGCAAAGAAAAAAUUUUUCUCAGCUCAGUCCAUGUUUGAGGGCCAUGAGAACAGUAAGGUUGUGCGGUACGAUUUAUUGGCUUUGCAGGGUGAGACGUUUCUUCUCGUAGGAAAAUUGAUGACCAUGGGAAUCACUCAGGGUGGUAGUGGUUUCUCCUUUUUUGGAAGUAGUCUCUACGCAUACUUGUGUGGUGUUAAAAUCUGUGAUAUUGACAUACCUGAUGAAGAAGUACCAAAUACUAACGUCCGGAUCCUUAUUCAGAAGAUCAAUGAUGCUGCUGAUGACAAAGACCUAAAAGAUUGUAUCUUUGAUGAAUGUGACACCAUUGUGAAUGCCGGGUACAGCAAGCCACUUUUUACCUCGACGCAAGCAGACAAAGUUGAGAUAGUGAAGACACUAAAACUCUACUACACUCUUCUCGAGUCUUUAGCAGAGAUUAACCAGCUCAAGGAGGGAUUGCAAGUGAACGGUGUGGGAGAAGCACUUGUGAAGUACCCUGAACUAAUGAGGCCUCUAUUUGUGCACAAUAACACACAAGUUCUGACUGCUGAGACCAUGAAGGCCAUGUUCAAAAUCACCCACUUUUCACCUAAGGGCUCAAAUGAUCUUGCUAAAGAAGAGGCUACUUACAUGCUGUUUGUAGAUUUUCUGUACGAUUGUGAAUGUGUUGAAGGUGACUCGGAGGAUUCUGUCAGUCUUAAGACCAUUCUUUCUUUUACUACUGGUUCAGAGUCUGUUCCACCGAUGGGAUUUGAUAACUCUUUGGGUCUGAGAUUUAACGAUACCAAUGUGUUUCCCACGUCGUCCACUUGUGCGUUGGAGCUAACCCUGCCCUCCAAGUAUUAUAACAAUCCAGAGGAGUUUAAAAAGAAAUGGUAUAUGGUAUGAAAAACCAUGGAGGAUUUGGUUGCCUAUAAGCACUGCAAUAAAAUGAACAUAUACUUUUUUUGUGUUUGACAAAACCUAUUAACCCUGUAUCACUUUCAUACUUUAUCAUGAUUCUUUCGAACAUAUUAUACUCUUUUUGUGUUCUAUUCACCCUGUAUCACUUUCAUACUUUAUCAUGAUUCUUUCAAUAUCAUUAUGUUA